AUGAUGCUGCUUCACAUGAUUCAAUUUAUUGGAAUUGUUAGGUCGGGUGGAAGUGUGCAAGGGCCACAACUUGGAAUGAUGCCUCCUUUUCAUCCUGUACCUCAGGCCAAGCAACCACAAAUAGGAAAGCCUCUUGGUGCUAAUGGAGUCAACAACAAUGCAUUGAAAUACUCUAACGUUGAUCUAAGCAAGAGUAACAAUGUGGAUUUCGUUAACACUGUUGAUUGGAAGAAUCCCGCAUUCGCUGAAUUCUUGAAUUCAAACAAAGACGUCGCCGAUCUAAUCAACCAGAUAGUAAAUUCCUUCAGUAUUGCAUCUCUGGAUACUAUUGGAGGCAGUAUGAUGCUUAGUCUUCCAGAUCCUGAAAUCUUAAAGAAGCAGGUUGAAAAUGCAGUAGCACUUAACUCGUCACUAAAGACCUAUGUCCGGGUAAUUCUACAGAAAAUAGAAAAGUAUUUGUCAAGAAAUGCGAUUUUGCUUACCGAGUUGGUAAUAGCUCUUAAAGAUAAAAAAGAAGAGCUUGAAAGUCUAUGGGGCGAAAUCCAGGAUCGUGAUAGCCAAAAUAUGACAAGAUUGAAGGGAAUGCAGAUCAAUAGCUAUUUGGAAGCAGCCGACGGGGCUCCCAAGAUAAUAGAAGACUUUAAGAGAAAUGAGCAGUGGAGAGAAAAAAUCAUUGCACUUCUUAACGGUACACAUUAA